GCACAAUACGGAACUGAGUCAAAGCAUUUUCCAGAUUCUAGCAGGGUAGGGCGCAGGGCGGCUGGCCCCCGCAAAAACAGAGCUUCUUCUCCAGCUGAACCGAUCAGCUUUCGCGGUCAAUUGAUGCCUUCAGAUGAGAUUUAAGAUUUCACUGUGUAUCUAGUUGGCUUGGCGUUAUUUCUCCGUUGGUCAUCCAAAAACUACAGCCCGACAAAAUGUCAGAUCCUGUGGUAGCCGACACUCGCCGGUUGAAUUCCAAGCCUCAAGACCUAACGGAUGCUUACGGCCCCCCGAGCAAUUUUCUGGAAAUAGACGUUUACGAUCCACAGAUCGUUGGAGUUGGACGAAACCGUUACACAACUUAUGAGGUUCGCAUGAGGACAAAUCUUCCCAUUUUCAAACUGAAGGAUUCUUGUGUGAGGAGAAGAUACAGUGACUUUGAGUGGUUAAAGAAUGAGCUGGAAAGAGACAGUAAGAUUGUAGUACCACCUCUGCCGGGCAAAGCCCUGAAAAGACAGCUGCCAUUCCGUGGAGAUGAGGGGCUUUUUGAGGAGUCUUUCAUUGAGGAGCGGCGAUCGGGCCUGGAGCAGUUCAUCAACAGAAUUGCAGGUCACCCCUUGGCCCAGAAUGAGCGCUGUCUUCACAUGUUUCUGCAAGAGGAAACCAUUGACCGUAACUACAUUCCUGGAAAAGUAUGAAUGAAACUACAGACUGCUGCACCUGCCCAGUGUACAUUUAUUCUACACAUCAUUAUAAAAACUGAUGGGAAUGUCAGAAGUGAAAAGUAUCAGCGGUGUAGAAUAAAACAACUACUGCACCAGGACAAAGUAUAAAUUAGUUGAUGUGUCUUCAUUCAGUCAUUCCACAUACUGUACGUACAUUAUUUUGAUUCAGUCAUCAGUUAAAAAGGCAAAACUCUAAACAUAUUUUUAGCCAUUUUAUCUUUUUUUUCCCUUUUUUAACAAUGAGUAUUAUGCUUUUUUUUUAUAUAAAUUUGAUCAUUUUAAGGGUGUAAUUACCUGCUUUUGUUGCAGUUUUCUUUUGCCAGCAAAGACUUGAUUUUUAAUGAUAACUUCCCAAAGUCAAGCCACAUGUAGCAGCUUGAGAAGAAAGCGACCCCUUCAUUCCAGUCAGAAGAUUCUCCCAAGUUUUAUGUUGUCCUCAUGCUAUUAUAAAGGAUUACUUGUUUGGACUCUGCUGUCUUAGUUACUCUAAAAUCAUUCCUACAUUUUGGCUGUGUGUUAUCAGCAAGCAGGAAUGUUAAGUUAGGCAAAUAACCAUAUCUAAGCACUGUGACAAGAGGUUCAUUAUAUGAACAAUAUCUCAUUGUUUAAAGGCAUAAUCAGCAUCUGGUUGGUUCAGGAAAAAAGAAAUUAGGCUUUCUUUUUUUUUCUUUUUUUUUUUUUUUUGCUUAUUUUCAGCUCUUAAAUUCUUUAUCAAUAUCAUUGUAAAGUGUAUUACUACAUGCUGUCAUCACUGCAGUUCCACUUUGGGUGACGAGGAACUUCCUUGUAAAUUCUGUCCACCAAUUAAAUUUCCUGCUGCCUGC